GAUCAGCUCAGUACUUUGUGACCACCUAGAGGGGUGGGAUAGGGAGGGUGGGAGGGAGAUGCAAGAGGGAGGGGAUAUGGGGAUAUAUGUAUAUGUAUAGCUGAUUCACGUGGUUAUACAGCAGAAACUAACACACCAUUUAAAGCAAUUAUACUCCAAUAAAGAUGUUAAAAAAAAAAAAAAAGAAUCCGCCUGCCAAUGCAGGGGACACGGGUUUGAGCCCUGUUCCGGGAAGAUCCCACAUGCUGCAGAGUACCUAAGCCCAUGCACCACAACUACUGAGCCUGCGCUCUAGAGCUGUUGCUCUGCAACAAAGAGAAGCCACCGCAAUGAGAGGCCUGCGCACUGCAUUGGGGAGUAGCCCCAGCUCGCCGCAACUUGAAAAAGCCUGCACGCAUCAACGAAGAUCCAACACAGCCAAAAAUUAAUUAAUUAAUUAAAAAAAGAGGAGAUGGAGCUGUGGAUCACACUUGGGAGGAGGAAUCUUCAGGUUAUGGGGGUAAUGCUAUUAGCAGUCCAGGAAAGGGAAGGUGGCGCCCCAGGACUGGGUCUCUUGUUAGAGCACCUGGUUAGGGGUGGUAUGCGUCACAAGCACAGUUGAGGGAGAGAACCGGCCAUGAAAGGGGAUUUGAGAAGAGGAUGGUCUGACAGGGGGUCAAGACUUCCAAGGGUAGGGUAGACACUGAGACGGAUGAAGAGGCCUAGGUAUAAUUGAGGAAACAUGAGGCUGAGGCUGAUUCCUAUUCACAUAUCUAUGGACUUACCAGGAUUUUUGGUGACACUGGAGUGUUUCAGUCAGGCUGGUGGAUUAGCUCAGGGGAAAAUGUGGUUGUCUGAUAGAGUCACUAAGCUGGGGGAGGGGAGCCCUGAGGUUGGUCUCUGAAUGAGGGUUAGGUUGAGAAAGGAGUGUUGUGACUAAUAAAGGGACAGCAAGUGCAACACAGAAGUGGAAGAGGACCAGUGGGAUCUGAAGUCUGCAUAUGGUUCUGAAUGGCCGGGGGGUGACACAAGCAAUAAACCAGAAAUUGAGGCUUUCAUAGCAGGAUUCAAGGCUGCCCUGGCAGCAGGAGCCAUUGAGGGUCUGGAGUAGUACUGAAUCCUGUUUGCAUUUGCAUAAUCUUGAUGCCAUGAGGGAAGUAACACGUGGGGAAGCCAGGGAGAGAUUUAUCGUCUCCCCACGUGCAUGGGGCAGGGAGGUGGUGGUAGUGGCUGUGGGGUCUGGAGAUACGGGAGAGGCACAGUUUAAAGAACGAUGUGCAUGUGGAGAAGAAGUAUGAAUUGAUGUCGCCAGGGUCCUGGUAUUGGGGACUGAAGGAUGAAGGUGGACCCAAGUUUGGGCCCAGGUGGUGCUUGGGAAGCACCAUCUGGGAGACUUCCUGCAUGGCAGGUCCAGAUAUUAAUGGCAUCCAUGUGCCCACCUGCCUAAUGUUGCCAAGGGCUAGACACAGUAAUUAACGGGGCCAUGAGGAGAGAGUAGGCACAAAUGGCACCAGGGUCCGAUACCUCAUCUGAGUUGUGGAGCUGGGGAGAAGUGUGAGUGUGGGCUGGAUAUGUGGGGGUAUGGAUUGGAGGUCCUUGAGAUAGAGGCUGUUCAUGGUUUCCUCUCUCCUCAUCAUGGCAGGGCAGUAUAACCUUUGAGGACGUGGCAGUUUACUUCUCCUGGGAGGAAUGGGCUCUCCUUAAUGAGGCUCAGAAACUCCUAUACUGCGAUGUGAUGCUGGAGAACUUUGCACUUAUGGCCUCUGUAGGUUAUUGGCAUGGAGUGGAAGAUGAGGAGGCACCUUCUGAGCAGAGUGUUUCUGUAGAAAAAAUAUCACAGGUAUCGAUGACCUUCAGGUACUUGGCCAUGACCUUCACUUGGGAGGAGUGGGGGCAAUUGGAUCUGGCACAGAAGACCCUGUAUCAGGAGGUAAUGCUGGAGACCUUCAGUCUUCUGGUCUUACUGGAGUAUCCUAUUCCAAAACCAGAACUGAUCCACCUGCUGAAGAAUGAGCAAAAUCUAUGCAUGCUGAAGAGAGACCUCGCCUAAAGUUCCUGUCCAG